AUGGUUCCCGCUGUAGAUACGACCGAUCUAACGAUCGAGAUCAAUAUCGAAGCCGUCGUCGACAGGAAGAGCUCUAACACCAGUGCUAACACGUCGAUAACCACAGUCAACUUCACAGCAACAAUCAGAAUAUCUCCGGCUUCAAGAAGCGGAUCGAGAGAUCUAACAGCUGCGUCAGCAAGUAGCCAGCUUACAAAGCGAAGUGCGACCACUUCUACCAACAAGUUCGCCGCCGCCAGAGUCAAUGGAGCCGGCUUCGCCGUUAACUUCGCCGAACCUGCCGCCACCGACCUUAUCAACUCUGCCGCCUCCAGAUUCUGCGCCAGAGCCGCCGACUUCGUCAACUUCAACUACUCCGCUAGUGCCGGCUCCCGCAACCAAUCCGUUACCAACUCCAAGACCAGCCCCGGCGCCUACGACCCCAGUUUCGCAGUGGCGAAUAGCUUCAUCUCCUUCUCCUCCAGACAGUCCCCAUGA